AUGGAUUCAGCAGAUCACGGGUCGAAGAACAAUCCCUGCCGGAACGUACCCUUGAAGUGCGGUCUAUGCCAUCCAACCCUCCCUCCUGAACCUGGAAAAAAUUCGCGAAAGGUGCCAGCGGCUUUCGUUCAAAGUGUCUGGCGCUACAAUAUGGCCAUACAAAUUCUCAGUAAGCAUGAAGAGUACGCCAUUCCUGGACGCAGAGAGGCCGGUGUUCCUUUGCCUGAGGGUGUUUGGAAGUCUAUGGAGUUGAGUGAGCUCGAACAGGCCUCGGCUGGCAUCCCGAAAGAGCACAGGCAGCCUCCACACAUUGCUCUAGUCAGGCAGGGGAAGGAGAAUAUGCCGGCUUCAGGUUCUCGCUCCCUCAAAUGCUCAGCAACAGCGUCUGCGGGACCCAUGACAUCCAAACGUGCUCGCACCACUAUCCAACCUCUUCAGACUGCGCGUACUUUACUCGUGUAG